AUGAUUCCUCCGAGACGGAAGAAAUGGACCGAGGCGGAGGAGAAAACCCUAAUCGAUAAGUACGGGGAGAUGGUGGCGGACGGUUCCCUAGCGAAGAUGAGGACUCGUGAGAAGAAGUUCAAGCCGAUUGCUUGUCACGUGAAUUCGGUGCAUCACGUGCGCGAUCCCGUGGCGUACCCUUGGCAGUGGAGUUGGAAGGACGUUUCGACAAAGGUGCAGAACAUGCGACACCAGUAUCUUCUGGUGAAGCAGAAGAUCAAGAGGCCUGAGUUUUCGGGGUCCGGUGGAGGGGAUUGUGAUGAUGGGAAUGAGUUUGAUUGGGUGGAGGGGCUUACUCAUUGGUCUAACUUCCUAAGGUAUAAGGAUGUGUUUGGGGAUGUGGCACUUGUAGUUGGUGGUCAUGGUGGCAAUGAGUUGAUGGUGAUUGAGGAUGGGGAUCACGGGGAUCGCGAUGGGGAUCAUGGAGAUGGGUUUCUUGCUGGUGGUGGGGGUAUGGAUAUGGUUGAGUUUGGGCAGAUGGGUCAUUCUGGGGAUGGGGAUUUUGGGGCUGCUAUGAAUGGGGUUGACAAUGAGGUGAUGGGGUUGGGGUUUGAGUAUGAGGCGGAGGAAGGGGAGGUGAAUUACAAUGGGAGUGGUCGGGAGAGGGAGGAUGCGGCGGAGAAUGGUUUUGUGUUUGAGGAGGAAGGGGAGGUGAAUGGGUCAUGUUUGAAGAAGAGGAAGGCUGUGAAGGGGAUGGAAAAGAAAGCAUGGCGGAUUCUUGGUAACCAGCUGGGGCAGUUGAGGGAAAUGGAGGCGCGGUUUGAGCAGCGCGAGGUGGAGAGGGAGCGUGAGAGGCAAAGGAGGGAGAACUUGCGAGUGGAGCUUGAUAAGCAGUGGGAGAAGAAACUGGAGGAGAGGGAAAAGGAGAGGGAGGAGAGGGAGAAGGAGAGGGACAAGCUUAGGAGACAGAGGAUGGCAGAGUGGGAAGCUAUGGAGAAGGAAAAUGAAGAGAUGGAGAGGAAAAGGAGAGAGGAAGAAUUGAUUCAUGAGAGGGAAUGGGAGGAAAGAAUGAAUUGCAGGAGGCUAGAAUGGAGGAAGAGGGUUGAUGAGAUGCUAAGCCAGCACCGAGCAGAAAUGGGCCAGAUGCAGACUCGGUUUCUUCAUGAGCAACAAAAUCUUACUAGCCAAUUGCUUGGUAUAUUCUCUCAGUGGCCUGCCCAACCUGCUGGCCUAUCUGAUCAUACUAGUGCCAGCAACCAUUAUCUUUCACAAAUGAUGCAAAAUUUGCAUCAUGUAAAUGGAAUUGUUCAUGGUGACACUAGGGUUGAGGGAGAUAAUCAAGAAGAUCAAUUCAUUGUUGAUGGAUGA